AGCGCAGUCCGGGUUGAUUCGCGGUGCGGAGGAGUCACAGCUGUGAUUAUGGUUCAAUACGAUGGAGAAAAAUGGACAAAUCACGGAUUGAGAUUCCUGAGUACUCCCACGGAGAUUUGGACUGGACUUAGAAGUGCAACAGGCUUUUAAUCAACCUGCAGAUAUCGGUGUUUUGUGGAUACAACGCGGCGUUAAAGGAUCUUUGUCAUCCCGGACUCGAGAGAGACGAGGCGGCCUCACAUCCUCACAGACGUCGGUGAAGUUGAGCUGCGGGCUGCGCUAGCUACGUUAGCAUUUAGCUUGCUGUGGAGAGUCUAUUGUAUCCAGUGGGAAGUGGUGUUAUAAAGGGCAAGGUUAUACGUGUAGCGUAAGGCAGCAGCAGUGACAGUGUCUUUUAAUAACUACCGUGUCUGCUGAGUGCUUUGACAACGUUAGCACCAGUGCUAGGAGCUAAGCUAGGUGGCUAGCUCUGUGGCAGGGCUAGCUUGUUGUCCCCCCUCCCUGCUAACUUAGCCAGAGAGAUUCUCUGAAAUGGGAACAAAAAGACAGCUUCAGUAGUCUGUUUGCUGACUAGAAAACAUAUCUCAGCAGAGAGAUCUGCUCCUAAAGUUUGCAAAAGUGGCCUAAAAUAUUUCAAUACUAGACAAUAAGCAUGUUUUUCUUCCCCACAUAGAGGCAUCCUGUCCGGAUACAGCUCCAGUUACACUCUUGUUGCCUGUGCUUUUACUUUCACAUAUAUGCUAAUCUGUCACUUUUUUUUUGUCAGAUUGUGGUUAAACCUAUUUACUAGCUGUCAGUCAUCAGUUUGAAACACAGUACCAGUUGUUUACAUCCCCCCUCCCUGAGCCCUCCCUAUGACCAAACUUAUUUUUCUUACAGUCACUUUUAGCAAAAAGGAUGUUUAUCUUUUCAGAACCACAUUUUUGGCACCCAGCUUGUUUUUCAACUAGGACAUCCCUGUGAGACUGGCCCAUUCUACGCUUACAUUUGCACACGAAUUGGAGGACUUUUAAAGCUGGUGGGCACACCAUUAAGCAAGUUCAUGGGCUAAAAAAGACCUGUGUUUUGGUUGAAGUGAGUAGAAUAACACAGAGGGGGUUAUUACCCCGCACAGUCACCUUCAGCCCCCUGGGCUCAGAUGGGAGACACCAUGGGCAGCCAGGGCAGCCCAGUGAAAAGCUACGACUACCUGCUCAAGUUCCUCCUGGUCGGAGACAGCGAUGUGGGCAAAGGAGAGAUCCUGGACAGCCUGCAGGAUGGAUCAGCAGAGUCCCCUUAUGCUUACAGUAGUGGUAUUGACUAUAAAACCACCACCAUCCUUCUGGACGGGAGGAGAGUGAAGCUGGAGCUCUGGGACACUUCAGGACAGGGCAGGUUCUGCACCAUCUUCCGCUCGUAUUCCCGCGGGGCUCAGGGGAUCCUGCUGGUGUAUGACAUCACCAACCGGUGGUCGUUUGAUGGAAUCGACAGGUGGAUCAGAGAGAUCGAUGAGCAUGCUCCAGGUGUACCUCGGAUCCUGGUCGGUAACCGUCUACAUCUGGCCUUCAAACGCCAAGUUCCCACGGAGCAGGCGAGGGCGUACGCCGAGAAGAACGGCAUGACCUUCUUCGAGGUGAGCCCUCUGUGCAACUUCAACGUCAUCGAGUCCUUCACGGAGCUGUCGCGCAUCGUCCUGAUGAGGCACGGCAUGGAGAAGUUCUGGAAGCCCAACAGAGUGUUCAGCCUCCAGGACCUCUGCUGCAGAGCCAUCGUGUCGUGCACGCCGGUCCACCUCAUCGACAAGCUCCCGCUUCCCGUCGCCAUCAAGUCCCACCUCAAGUCCUUUUCCAUGGCCAACGGCAUGAACGCCGUCAUGAUGCACGGACGCUCCUACUCGCUGGCCAACCCGGCCGGAGGCUCCAAGGGCAACAGCCUGAAGCGCUCCAAGUCCAUCCGUCCGCCGCAGAGCCCGCCGCAGAACUGCACCCGAAACAACUGUAAAAUCUCCUAACUAACGGGGAGGGG